AAACGAUCUAUCGAUCGACAGAUCGGUCGUGUGUCUUCUACGUGACUUUUUGAAAAAACAACGUUCUUCGAUCUAAAACGCCGAGGAAACUUGGAUUUCCAUCGAUCAGAGAUGACGAGCUUUAGGUACAGGAACAAUGAAAAGUGACAAAGCUGAAAUAGAUUCGAGGCGGUGAAAAAGAUCGAACCGUUUACCUGUUAUUGCAGAAUCGAGAGGUCCGAUUUGUAUCGAAAGGAAUCGAGCCGGGACUAAGAAUAGCGCGUCAUUGUUCUGCUUCGUGACAGACCUGGAAUUAGCCGCUCGAAAAUCGCGCAACUCGCAGUUUUCCAUCGCUGCCGGCUGUCGUUUACGCGCUGUCCCGAAGCAUGAACCGGUGGGGAGUCGCUGGAACUUUUCGGCGAACGCUGGACUCGUCGAUUCGUUCCAAAAGCAAUCCAAGUAGUUCUCAGAGACACGUGUCUCCCAGCCUUUCUUAUACGGCUCGAAAACGCUCGAUCUUUUAAGAGUUCGAUGAAGUUCUGACUCGAAGGGUUGUUGCAAAAUCAAACAGAAAGGACGAAACGAUCGGGGGAAACGUUCAUCGAUCUACCCACUGAACGAACGCCAGAUCAACGUCGAAGUUCUCGUUCCCACGGUCAAAUUCACGGAGGAUUUCCAAACGAACGGCAGACACCGAUUCCGAUCGUAACGAGCGGCAGGGACCCUCGUGACUCUUAACAGCCCGUGCAAUCUAUGUUCCUAUCCUGAAGCGAAAAACGCGAGCUGGAGGCGUUGGAAAAUGUCCAGCGCGGUGAAUCAUGUCCAAGGUCGCCCACUGGAUCAAACGUUUCCAACUAUCGUCUCGGAGCAACGUUCCGACGUGUCUCUCGGUAUCUGAUCUCGUUCAACGACCAAGGUUCAUCAUCACUCUGUCUGUAAAAGUCUCUCGUGCUUGAACAACAAACUACGAAAAAGGAGUAUUCCGUUUCUUCGUUUUUCGUCAAUCUCGAAGGAAGCUCCGAAAGAGGUGGGAAGUCUGGGAAUCCCGAGAUUCGUCUGACCAUGAAAGUGAGAAGUUAUCCUGGCAGAGCGGUGUUGGAGGACCCAGAGUUGCUGUUGGACCCUGACGCGACUCGAGGAAGGGCGAUGGAGCUUCUUUACGAGGCCAGCUGGCGCGAGUGUGGCGUCAAUUGGGCAAGUAACGCAAGAAGCAAACCUCCGUCGAGGGAGGACGAGUACAGACAACCUUAUGCCGAGGUGAUCUCCCAGCUGGAGGGUGUUCUGGAUGGUAGCCGCGUUGACUCGUCGGCCAGGGAGGAUUAUGAGUCGAGGAGAUCGAGUAGCAGCAGCACGACCGACAGUGAAUCGAGCGAAUUGAAUCAAACAGGGAAUAGUCAAGGUGGAUUUCUCAUACCCAGACCGAGGUUGAUCGUACCGGUUCACACCUACGCCAGGAGGCGACGAACCGGCGCUCCUCCGCCGGCUAGGAGACGACAUAUACGCGAAGAGGGUAAAGUGGAAGUGUCUCGUGACGGCAAAUACUUGAGCACUCUGGCACCGGGCAAGGUGCUCGGUGAGCUGGCAAUUCUUUACAAUUGUAAGAGGACAGCAACGAUAACAGCGGCUACAGAUUGCCAGCUAUGGGCCAUCGAUCGACAAUGCUUCCAAACGAUUAUGAUGAGAACCGGCCUCUCGCGGCAGGCCGAGUACACGGAUUUCUUAAAGAGCGUUCCUAUCUUCAAGAAUUUGCCCGAGGAGACUUUAAUCAAAAUUUCGGACGUAUUGGAAGAGACCUUUUACAACAAUGGGGAUUACAUAAUCAGACAAGGAGCAAGAGGAGACACGUUUUUCAUAAUAAGCAAAGGGCAAGUUCGCGUGACGAUAAAGCAGCCCGAUACUCCGGAAGAAAAGUACAUCAGGACGUUGAGCAAAGGCGAUUUCUUCGGCGAGAAAGCGCUUCAAGGAGACGACCUGAGAACGGCCAACAUAAUCGCUGACGAUCCGGAAGGAGUGAGUUGCUUGGUGAUAGACCGUGAAACGUUCAAUCAGCUAAUCUCGUCUCUGGACGAAAUUCGUACGCGGUAUAAAGACGAGCUCGUGGAACGUAGAAGGUUGAACGAGGAAUUCAGAGAUUUAAGGCUACAGGAUCUUCGACCACUGGCUACUCUAGGCGUAGGCGGUUUCGGAAGAGUGGAGUUGGUUCAAAUAGUCGGGGACAGCAGUAGAUCGUUCGCUCUAAAACAGAUGAAGAAAGCCCAGAUCGUUGAAACACGACAACAGCAACAUAUUAUGUCGGAGAAAAGAAUUAUGGGUGAAGCUGAUUGCGACUUUGUCGUGAAGCUGUUCAAAACGUUCAAAGACAGGAAAUAUCUUUAUAUGCUGAUGGAAGCUUGCCUUGGUGGCGAACUCUGGACUGUUCUAAGGGAUAAAGGUCAUUUUGACGACGGCACGACACGAUUUUACACCGCUUGUGUCGUCGAAGCUUUCGAUUAUCUUCACUCUAGGAACAUUAUAUACAGAGAUCUCAAACCGGAGAAUCUUUUGCUUGAUAGUCAAGGAUACGUAAAACUGGUUGACUUUGGUUUUGCCAAGCGUUUGGAUCACGGGAGAAAAACGUGGACUUUCUGUGGUACACCCGAGUAUGUUGCACCGGAAGUUAUUUUAAAUAAGGGACACGAUAUCAGUGCCGAUUACUGGUCCCUUGGUGUACUGAUGUUUGAACUUCUCACGGGUACACCGCCAUUCACUGGAGGCGAUCCAAUGAAAACUUAUAACAUUAUUUUAAAAGGAAUCGACGCUAUAGAAUUUCCUAGAUCGAUCACACGAAAUGCAACUGCGUUGAUUAAAAAGCUGUGCAGGGAUAAUCCUGCAGAGCGUCUUGGAUACCAAAAAGGUGGCAUUAGCGAAAUACAAAAACAUAAAUGGUUCGAUGGGUUUAACUGGGAAGGCCUCAGAUCGAGAACUCUUGAACCUCCAAUCAUGCCACGAGUUCAAAGUGCCACCGAUACAACGAACUUUGACGAGUAUCCUCCGGAUUCAGAUCCCUCUCCUCCUGAUGAUUUAUCCGGCUGGGAUAAUGAUUUUUAAUCGAUAUUUAAUUUAUUUGUUCAAACAAAUCGUUAUUUCUGAGAAAGAAAAAUGUUGGAAAAAGCUUCGGCUCGUGUCGAAAGAAUCGCAAGAUAAUUAGAAAAUCAUUGGAGAACGUGAUCAUCGGCAUCCGCAUUUAUUCAACGAGCUGGUACUAUGUGAUGUUUAGAUAAUUGGCCUGUGAUACGUUAAUUAGGCCGUUGAAAAUUAGCUUUUCCAAACUUUUCGAGUCUAUCGAAUGAUCCAUAGAUUCGAACGUAGAGAAGAUUAUCUUUUUACCAUACUAUCUAACAAGAAAUAUGAAUUUUCAAGACGUCGACCAAAAUAUUAUCGGCAUGAAUUAAACAUGCGUCUAAUUUAGGAAAAUCUUUACACACACGAGCUCACGUUCGAUAGGAUUAGAACUCGAACGUGGCAUCGUGAGACGCGCACGAAUGCGUUAAGUGCCAUACCUAACAAAGGUAAGAGUCGAAUACGAUACGUGUGUACGAAGCGUCCACCUGAACGUGCACGAUGUACAGUGAACUUAAAUUGUAAGAGACAUCUUGCCAUCGAACUUGUAAAGUCGUGCACACAGUUUUGCAGAAUGAAGCAUGUCGGAUUCUUCUAGCGUCCGAUGCAUUGUUGUUUGAUUUACUCUAUAGUUUAUUGUAAUAAUUCUAUUUUAAUUAAUCAUGCGAAAACGUGACUCUUGUAAAUAAUUGACUAUAAAUAAAUAUAUAUAUAUAUAAUAUAAAAAUAUAUAUAUAUACUUAGCAAUUCAAUGUAUAUCGAUUAUAAAUAAAGUUUUAUUAAUGCUAA